GAAUACUACGCCAACGAGUGCCGCUGUCAGCAUAUACCUGUAUAAUAUUGUACACCGAUCGACGUGUUCGUUAGCUAAUCAAGAUAAGCAAGUCGCUUUUGAACGCCUCCUGUUCCCUGUCACCUUGUGAUUGAACGAGCUGAGAAGUUAGUUGGAUACCCUUCUGCUGUCCUCCAAGUUUGCCACCUCAGGCUCCGUCCUGAAGGACCAAUACCGGUGUGGUGGACAUGAAAGGAAUUCUGGGAAGUCAUCUCACACUAUGGAUGGUGGGUGUUUGCACUAUCUUUCACCCCCAUCCAUCCAUCUGUCCAUCUGUUCAUCCAUCCGUGCUCUCGUCAUCAAGCUUCACACGAGUGACAAAAGGCUCUUUGACGCAGAGAAAAUGACCCGCAUCAGAUUGGGAAGAGAAGGAAAAAUGGAACUGAUUCAAACUCUGUAUUUCAUACUCUAUCCUUAUUUGCACUCGUGUCCCUCUGCCUGUUUUAUUAGACUUCAGACUUAUCUUAACCAGACAAUUUCAGCAACCCUCACAGAUUUGUAAGAGCUGCUGUUCUACUAUUUCACCAGGGAGGAGCGCUGUGGUGCUGUAAAGGAAAAGUAUUGACACGCCUGCAGUGAGCAUUUCCUUGACACAGGUGGAUUACAAAGUGGACCAGGACUAAAAGAGACGCACAAGAGCAAGAAAAGAUCAUGUGACAGGAUGCGACAGCAUGGAUCUCCAGAAAAAGAUGUCGGCCUCCCACCUGCUUAAAGGCAAGUUUAAACUUUGACCUGCACGCCUUCCGUGUGCUACCACGUCGUGCUGCAACAAACCAGGCAGAAAUGAGGUUGGCUGGAAGCGAUGCUGCCUAAUUAAGAGCACAAAGGAGUGGCAGAGAAGGUCCCCUACCAAGCGGCCGUAAUAGCUGUUUCCAAGACAGCCGAGAUGUCUCUAUUUUGAAGCGCAAGGAUUUCAGCCGGCCCACUAUGAUGCCGUAUCGGGUCAUCUGUCUGUCCCAGCCAAUCAGCAACCAAAGGUUGCUGAUAGUAACCAGCACUUGUGAUGGAAGCUCCGAUCAUGUUCUGUUGCCACCCUCUGCCCGACAUCCUAACAACCCAAGAUGGAGCCGGCUCAUAAAAGAGAAACAAGCAAUGGAACCUCACUAAUUACAACAGUCAGCAAAAUGGAGCUUCAGAGGGCUUUGUUUUGUCUCCCGCCCAAAAAUUGACGAGGAUCUAAACCAGAACUUAGACUGGACCGCCAUCUGUUUUAAAACUUCUCCCGUGGAUCUACAACGCGCUCCACCGAACGGCGGCGGUGGACCAGAGCGAGCAGAUGCUCCAGUAUGUGGAGUUUAAGACCCUCCUAAAGCCCCCCCCCCCUCCAAAAAAAAGUUGAGAGCUGAAAGUUUGGCCGCCAUGGACCUACGUGGAGUUAUGUGGGCCUGCUGAGAAAAGAGCGCUUGGAUUUUUUUUUCUUUUCUUUUUUUUUUUUUUUACUUAUCGGAGCGUAACCUCCACGGCCCAACUGAGCCACUUGAACAGAACCGAUGCCCAGGCAUGUUUUUAUAACCUGAUGACCAGCAGAGCGAUGGUAAGGAAGAAGAAUCCCCCUAUCCGCAGUGUGGGAGGCGAGGAGGAGGAGGAGGAGGAAGAGGGGAGGAGGCCGGCGGGCGACGAGGAGGAGGACGGCGAGGAAGACGAGGGGCGCGUGGGAGCCGAGGCCGACCGAAUAAGCCGCCCCUCCGAGCCCGAGGAGCGAGUUCGGGGCGAUGAGGAGCCCGACGAGGAGGAGGAGGAAGAAGGAGAAAGUGAGUGCAUUUCCUCGUCUCUCUCGCCCUCAUCCGUCGGCAACGAGGAGCGAGGCGGGAGGAGGGGAGGAGGCGGCGGAGGUAGGCCUUCGCGAGGAGGACUCAAAGCGGCCGAGUCGGACCCCGAAGACAAGGUGGGCAAAAGCCAUCGCCCCGGUUCGGACGCCGGCAGGGCGGAGUCGGCCCCGGACACGCCGCCGCUCUCCUCCAGCCCCUCCCCCAAGCUGCAGGACUUCAAGUGCAAUGUGUGCGGUUACGGUUACUACGGCAACGACCCCGCCGACCUGGUGAAGCACUUUAGGAAGUAUCACCUCGGCCUGCACAACCGCACACGGCAGGACGCUGCCCUCGACACACACAUCCUGGCUCUCCACAACAUGGCGCCCCCGCACACACCUCUAGUCGCGCAGGGAGGAGAAGGGCCGAGGAACCAAACCAAAGAGUCUGGCGGGGGCAGGCCGGAGCUCCACCAUCAGCAACACAGGACCGUGAUGAUGAACGGCACUUAUGACAUCCAGGUGACGUUGGGCGGCACGCUGAUCGGAAUCGGCCGCAAGACCUCCGAUUGUCAGGGCAACACAAAGUACUUCCGCUGCAAAUUCUGCAACUUCACCUACAUGGGGAGCAAUUCGGUGGAACUGGAGCAGCACUUCCUGUCCACGCAUCCCAACAAAGCCAAGACGCCGCCGGCCACGCCCCUCCUGAACAACGACAGCCAGAGCAAAGGGAGGAGUCCGAUAGUGGAAGGGGCCGAGCGAGUGGCGGUCAGAACGGAGGACGACUCCCUGGUGGGCUAUUCCGUCCCCAUCCGGGCCGAUUCGGCGGGCUGGCCGGCGGAGGCGGCGGCGGCGUACUACUGGUGCAAGUUCUGCAGUUGGAGCUGCGAGUGGUCGGGGGGCUCGGCCAAGCUCUUGGAGCACUUUGAGCAGCGGCACAGAAUGAACACGGCGAGCCCCAACGACUCCAGAAGGGAAGGCGAAAGAGACCGCGCCUCGGCCAAAAAUCUGUCGGCCGCCGCCAACCAAGGCGACCCCAACAGCGGCGACGCCGAGGCCGUGGUCACCAGCUACAACUGCCAGCUGUGCGACUUCCGCUACUCCAUGGCGCACGCCGCCGACGUGAUCGUGGUGGCUCCGUUGUUGCUGCAUUACCAGCACAAUCACUCCAUCCACCGAUGUUGCAUCCAGCACUGCAUUUACUGUCCGCAGGGCCUCUGUCAGCCGCACAAGCACUUAGGAGAGGUGUCCCAUCCCUUUGCGUGCCGGAAGCCCACCUGUCCAAAAUGUUGUGCCAAAUUCCCGCCGUCCAGCAAACAGCAAGACGCGGGCGGGUCCACGCCACCCCCUCAUCCCCGAAGCGACCCUAGCGUGACGUCAGCUUCGACGGUUCAUCCCUCCUACCCCGUUGCCUCACAAGGCGUCACCCACCUGUGCGACCAGUGCGCCUUCGCCACCGCCGACAUCGACGUGCUGCUGCAGCACUACGACGGCUGCCACAGCCUGAUCAACCUGAAGGGGGCGCCGGCGCACGUUAAGGCCGAGGAACAGGACGGCGGCGGCGGCGGACCGGGCAAAGAGGCGGGCCGGGAGUACUCGUGUACCAAGUGUCACUUCAUCACCGAGGUGGAGGAGGAGUUCUUCAGACACUACAGACGUGUCCACGGGUGCUGCCGCUGUCGCCACUGCGACUUCACGGCGCCCGACUCCUCGGCGCUCCUCGACCAUUUCAACUCGGCCCACUGCCAAGACGCCUCACUGUCGGCGACCUUGCUGACGCCGUCCCUGACGCCGUCGGCCAACGGCUGCUCGGCGCCCUCCACCUUGGCCAUCAAGGAGGAGAGCAAGGGGGAUCUUCGCCUCCUCUACUCGCUGGCGCCGCCCGAGGGACGCCUGGCCGAGGGGGGCCGCGAGGAGAUGGUCAAGAGCGAGGGCGGCGAGGAGAAGGAGAGAGAGCGUGAGAAAGGCUGGGUGCUCGGAGAGACGAGAGGCGGCGAGCAGGCCCACGGUCUCCUGUGGGUGCCCAAGGAGCGCAUGGGACCCGAAUCCUCCCUAUUCCCCUCACCGUUGUCCGUGGCCUUCGUUUCCGCCAACCACGAUGCGGCCUCGCAGCAGAAGCGCAGCGGCGGCGUGGCCUCGCCCAGCAUGGUCUACCUUGGAGAUACCAAGUCGUUUUUGGGAGACGCAAAGCUCUACGGCGGAGGAGGGCGGCCGGGCGGAGGAGCCGCCCCCAGCGGAGGGGAGAAAAUGAGCCAGAUGCCGUCUCAGUCUCAGCAGUACGCAGGAGGAGGGAGUGGAGGAGGAGCUCAGGAAGUGAAAGGAGGAGCUGCUAAAGAGGAAUCCCAGUCGCUGCUACGGCGGCGGCGAGGCAGCGGGGUCUUUUGUGCCAACUGUCUGACCACCAAGACGUCGCUGUGGAGGAAGAACGCCAACGGCGGCUACGUGUGCAACGCCUGCGGCCUCUAUCAGAAGCUGCACUCGACGCCCAGACCUCUGAACAUCAUCAAGCAGAAUAACGGCGAGCAAAUCAUCCGCCGACGCACCCGCAAGCGCCUCAACCCGGACACGCUGCCGCCCGAAAACCCCGCCCCCAAGCAGCAGCGCCCCACCGCCGAGGAGCGCGUCAACGGCGACGAGUCGGACAGGAGCUGCGCGUCGGUCAAGAGCCAGCAGCAGCAGCAGCAGCAGCAGCAGCAGCAGCAGCCGUCGCCGCGCUCGCGUUCGCCGCGCUCCACGCAGGUCUUCCUGGCUAACCAGACGCUGGAGAUCCACCGCCGCAUGCCGCCGCUGUUGCUCCCCUCGCACCCCGCCCCCUCCGAGGUGGCCGACGUGCUGGCCAAAGUGGAAGCGGGAAAAGUCGGCUCCGGCGCCAGCUCGGAAAGAGGAAGUCCCAUCGAGAAGUACAUGCGGCCCUCCAAACCGUCCAGUUACUCUCCGCCGGGCUCGCCCAUCGAGAAGUACCAGUACCCCCUGUUCCCCGUGCCGCUCCCCCUCACGCUCUCGCCGGACUUGACGCCCGAAUCCGACUGGCUGCGCUUCUGGACCAAAUACAAGAUGGCCGCCGCCUCCGGAAUGGGUAACCUCGGCGGCGCGGCGGGGCUGGCCAACAACGCGCACUACCUGGCUGCCAUGGUGGCGCCGGUGCAGCAGCAGCACCACCACCCGCAGAGCUACGCCGUGCCCUACUGCGCCUCGCCGUACUCGCCGCUCCCACCUCCGCCCGCCCCGGCUCAAUACCCGCCCCCGCCUCUCCACCCUCAAAGCUCGUCGUCAUCCAUGGAGAGCGACGCGCCUCUGGACCUCGCCAUACGGCAACGGGACGAUUGCGCGGAAAAGAGGAAGCGGGAGUCGCCUUCGUCCGAAAGCCUGAAAGUUCAGGACGAGGAAAGCGGCGCUCGGUGGGAGGUGGAAGACGGGAACUCGGCCACCCGCGCCACCGCCGACGUCGCCACGCAAGACGAGCCCAGCAACCGUUGCCUGCACUGCGGUAUCUACUUCCUGGACGAAGUCAUGUACGCGCUGCACAUGAGUUGCCAUGGCGAUCAGGGACCAUUUCAGUGCGGUUUCUGCCUGCACGUUUGCGCCGACCGCUACGACUUCACCACGCACAUACAGCGCGGCUUACACCACUGCACUGACAAAACAACGCCGGGCAAGGAUCACAACGAUGUCGACGCCGCCGUGACGCCGAAGAAUUUGGAUUCGGAGCCCGAACAUCCAGCUUUGGAUCCGGAGCAGCCCAAGGAUCAGGAUUUGACGGCAGAAUUAACUGCCGAGGAAAAAGAGGAAAGCGGUGAAGGCGCCAAAAAAGACAUUUCCUGCGACAACUUCACAGAGGCAAGUGAGGAAGGUAGCACGAUGGCGUCUAAAGGCAGCAAGAUGACGACUGACGGUGGCAAAGAACCCGAGAAGGGGGACACAGAGGCUCAUUGAUGCCCCUCAAAAACAUUACGCACGCUUCCCAAGGCGAGCCAUAGUGCACCUCGGAAAUUAAAAAAAAAAUAAAAAAAAUGCAUCCCAAUGCUGGAAUAAAAAUCACCCUGCAAAGUGCUGCCGGCCGGGAUGGGAGAAAAUGAUGACUGGACAGAAAUCAUAUUGAUGCUAUCAGAGCUGCUUCACAGCUGUUAAAGCGGUACAACCGGUCGGUGUAUGUUCUCCCACUCUGCUGUGGAAAAACCAAAUCAGAUUUGGACUCAGUGAAAAUGAGUCAUGCAAAGUGAGAAAGCGUGUCUUCUGCUAUUGGGUUGGGGGGAAAAAACAAAAGAGUCCAAAACGCAAGAAUAUUUGUUUUGGUGUGGACGCAGCUAUCUGCAAACCAGUCGAAAGCGCUCCUAAACGGUGCCAACCAACCCUGAACCCAAGUGUUCUUUCUCUCUGUCCCAUAUGGACAGAAGCGAGUGAGUUUAUUUUGUACUUUCUCCGUGCCAUGAUACUAGCUGCGUGCCUGGCUGCCUUUGCCUGCCUGAUAAUAGAACAAAACAAUCUAUUAACCUGCUUAACGUUUGUAUCCAACAAUAAAAAUAGUAAUAAUAAUAAUGUUCUAUUACAAAAAACAUGCAAUUUCAUAUACUGUUCUUAUAUGAUGUUAUUUUGUAAAGAUUUUUUUUUCAGGACUUGGUACUACAAAAUUAGUGUUUGUGUGUGUGUGUGUAUUUUAGGUUCCUUUAUGGAAAUGGUACAUGGAAAAUAUGUGUGUGUGUGUGUGUGUGUGAGUGAGUGAGGGUCAAGGGCGCGUCCGUCCCCAAUCAUGGAUGUAAACAAAAUGAAGGUUUGCUAUUUCAGUCCUCAGGGGUCACGCGUGUUGCACACCAGCCCGCCUGCUUUGGAUUUUUAUUGUUGGAUUGUUUUCGUGAUGCUGUUUGAACAUGUACAUUAUGUAGCUUACGUUACGUUCUCACGUGGGGAGGGGGUCCUCGAUUUACGACAAGGUCCAUUAUUAUGGCGGCCAAGUAACUGAACCUUUUUUCUCGCAGUAUUAUGACUUCAGGCAUGUAAAAUUACUUGAGGCUUUUUUUUUAUGUAAAAUUAUGAUGUAAUUCUCAUGCAAUUAUAAAGGUUAUACUUGCAAAAUUCCCCAAUUCAUUCAAGUAACCUGCAAAAGUCAACAAUUACCAAAAGUAAACAAGUGACUCUUUGCAAUAUUACAAUUAAGAGCAUAUAAAAUGAUGCCUUGUAAAAUUGACUUAAUUAUGCAAAUCGGACUUUUUCUUGUUCUUUUUCUGUAUUCAUAAGGAAAUGUAAUUUCUUCUCAAAAGAUGACUGUAAAAAUGUGGCUUUUCCACUUCAAAUUGCAUUUUUAUCAAAAUAAAUAAUGUAUUAACAAGAUUAGGGCUUUUUUAAUAAAAUUACAAUGAUUUUUUUGUCAUUCUAUUUGUAAUUUAUUCACAAAUUUUGUACAUAAAAUAUUUCAAUAAAUUAAAUGACGUAUCAAUCUUAUGAUGACAACUUUCAUAAAAGUAAAAAAAUAUUUUCUGAAAUUCCCACCAUUAUGUUUAUAAUCGGAAUCUAUCACUUGCCUAUGCUAGCGCACUUGUAAAGUCAUUCUCAUGCCGCAGCACAAAUUUGUAACCUCGUCAUAUAUCGGGACCAUCGUAAACCAAGGACCCUCUAUCUAGUUCAGGUUCUCAUCCCAUUUGUUUUGAAUUAGGUCAACUUAAGUCUUUAACAUUUGGCCUAUAAUCAGUAGUCAGUGUGCUACAGGUUACCUCCUCAGUAGUGUUACUGAUACAUUUUUACUGUGCAAUCAUUUCACAGGAACCCCCCCCUCCACCCAUCCCGCCUGCUUUAUUUUUUUCUUGCAUUUAUCAUUCUUGUCUCGGUUAUUUAUCAGCAGAAUAUUUUUCUACUUCUCAACUGUUUACAUUCAAAGUUAUGACAUAACCAGGUUGGGAAAAAAUGUCACCUGCCUUGCUGCCUUAGUUUAAAAAAAAAAAAAAAAGGACUAAAAUGAAGGAAAAAGAAGCCUUAGAAUAAUAUUUUUCUAUCGGUGAAUGAAAUCCCGCCUAGUGCCUGCUCAUGCUUUUUUCUACUCAACAUGUUUGACUCUUGGGCUGGAUUUGCACCACAGGUCCAAGUGCACAAUUCCAAGGACGCAAGUAAGCAAUCAUAAUACAAAUUAAAAAUAUUCAACAUUGCACUCUGCGCACCUGGUGAUUUAUGAGGGUCACAAUUUUUGCUUUCAUAAUGGACACACCUCUAAUGUAGCCUUCUAUAUAUGUUGAAUGUAGUUUCAAUAUCCAUGGGGCAUUGUUUUUAAUGUUUGUGUUUUAAUGUGUUGUUGUGCCAGCAUGCCUCAUAUUGCAAUUCAGCAAAACAAGUCCAAAUUGUGCAACUUGAAGUAUGCGGUGUAAAUCCAGCCUCUGUCUCAAAAAGGUACGUCAAAAAAAAAA